AUGAGUGAUUUUGACGACUGCGACAGCCGCGGGGCCUCCAAUAUGUACCUCCCCGGGUGUGCCGCCGCCGCGGCCGCCUAUUACGUCUCCUCCUCGGAUUUCUCCGGCAAGCCUCAGUUCCUCUCCCAGUCGUCUUCCUGUCAAAUGACGUUCCCCUACGCCUCCAGUCUGCCUCCCCAUGUGCAACCGGUGCGCGAAGUGGCGGCGGCGGCGUUCCGGGACUAUGGCGGCGGCGCUGGCAGCGGCGGGAAGUGGCCCUACCGAGGCAGUUACUCGCCCACUUACUACGAGGAGGUGCUGCACGGCAGGGACUUUCUGCAGCCGGCCACCCGCAGGACCGACGUGCUCUUCAAGGCGGACCCGGUGUAUGGCCCCCACCAUGGAACCGCAGCGGCUGUCGCGGCCGCCGCCAACUUCUACAGCGCGGUGGGCAGGAACGGGAUCCUCCCGCAGGGCUUCGACCAGUUUUACGAGGCGGCCCAUAGUGGAGGCACCCCCUACCCGGAGCAGCCGGAGACCCAGCAGGGCGACCUCAAGCCCCCGAGCAGCACUUGUAGCAAAACCUCUCCCCUGCCCAGUCAGGAGAAGAAAGUAGCAAGCGAGUCCCCUUCGGGGGAGGCCGGCUCAGACAAGAACAGCAGCAGCACACUUCCUCAGCGGUCCCGGAAAAAGAGGUGUCCUUACACCAAGUACCAGAUAAGAGAACUGGAACGGGAGUUUUUCUUCAACGUGUACAUAAACAAAGAGAAAAGACUCCAGUUGUCUAGGAUGCUGAACCUCACGGAUCGACAAGUUAAAAUAUGGUUCCAAAAUCGACGGAUGAAAGAAAAGAAACUGAACAGAGAUCGACUUCAGUAUUUCACGGGGAAUCCCUUGUUUUGA